CCCCGCGCACCACAGGAUGAAUGCCUUCUGGAGGUUUGGACACUUUGGGCAGCAGCGCGCACUGGAAAACGGGAUUUAGUGGAGAAGUUGUGCUUUCGCAGCGACUGUGCCCGAGCCGAGGACUCUCGCUGUCAAGUCGUGAGGGGGAUUUCUGACUUUUUUUUCUUCCUACUGUCGCCAAACUGCUCCCCGAAGCGCGGGGACUUACGGAUUCUAAAGUAGUUUUGUGGGUUUUUAUGAAGUUUUCUGGAGAAUAAAGGCUGUUUUUCUUCUUCUUAAUGCUUGGUGACAUCUGAAAGGCUGAGAUCUGCUGUCAAAACGGGAUACUUUGGGUCAGUGACGGGGAAUUGUGGGAUAGUUUCUUGCGGCGUCGGAGGCCGCCGUUUUGCUGGACAGCAUGCAAACAGAGGAUGUUGUCUGAGUCGGGCCUCACUGCUCUGCGUUUCACCUCGUCGUCCAGAGGAAUGACGGCUCUGUGGUGCUCACUCUGGCUUUUCAUCCUCCUGCCUCUCUGCGUCGCACCGGCCCGGCUGCCCACCGCUCAGCCUACAGACUCUGUGUCCAGUGAGACAGCCUUUCUGGAGGACUAUGUUCAGGGCAUAGGGGACACUGUGGAAAUGUCGUGUGACCUGGAAGACCACUCAGAGCCCGUCGUCUGGUUCAAAGACGGCGCCGGGCUGGUGCCGAGCAACCGGACGCGGCUGGGCCAGAGGAUGUUGCGCAUCAUCAAUAUAUCUUACGAGGACUCGGGCGUCUACUCGUGCCGGCUCGCACACAGCAACACGCUGCUCAGCAACUACACCCUCCGCGUGACAGAUUCUCUGUCGUCUGGUGAUGAUGAAGAUUACGAAGAUCAAGAAGAUGCAGAAGCUCCAUACUGGACUCGGCCUGACCGGAUGGACAAGAAGCUCCUGGCUGUUCCCGCCGCCAACACCGUCAAGUUCCGCUGUGCUGCGUCCGGAAAUCCGACUCCGACCAUCCAUUGGCUAAAGAACGGCAAAGAGUUCAAGGAAGAGCAGAGGAUGGGAGGCUUCAGGUUGAGACACCAGCAGUGGAGUCUGGUGAUGGAGAGCGCCGUGCCGUCAGACAGGGGAAACUACACCUGUGUGGUGCAGAACAAGUACGGCGCCAUCACCCACACCUACCAGCUGGAUGUGCUAGAGCGUUCCCCCCACAGGCCCAUCCUGCAGGCAGGUCUGCCAGCCAAUCAGACAGUGGUAGUGGGCAGCGACGUGGAGUUCCACUGUAAGGUCUACAGCGACGCCCAGCCGCACAUCCAGUGGCUCAAACACAUAGAAAUCAACGGCAGCCGCUACGGCGAAAACGGCAUUCCCUACGUCAACAUCCUGAAGACGGCUGAUAUUAACACUACAGAUAAGGAGCUAGAGGUUCUCUCCUUGACCAAUGUGUCUUUUGAGGAUGCGGGCGAGUACACUUGUCUGGCAGGGAACUCUAUCGGUUUUAAUUUCCACUCUGCCUGGCUGACGGUGCUUCCAGCAGUGAGCCCCGAGAAGGAGGACUACUACGCCGACAUCCUCAUCUAUGUGACGGGCUGCGUGCUCUUCAUCCUCGCAGUCGUCAUUGUAGUUCUGUGCCGCAUGAGGAUGACGUCACAGAAGACGCUGCCUACGCCGCCCGUGCAGAAACUUUCAAAGUUCCCCCUCAAGAGACAGCAGGUGUCCUUGGAUUCCAACUCCUCCAUGAACUCCAACACCCCUUUGGUGAGGAUCGCCCGCCUGUCAUCCAGCGACGGACCGAUGCUCGCCAAUGUGUCGGAGCUCGAGCUGCCCUCGGACCCAAAAUGGGAGUUUCCACGAACGCGGCUGACUCUGGGUAAACCUCUGGGCGAGGGAUGCUUCGGUCAGGUGGUGAUGGCCGAGGCCAUCGGCAUAGACAAGGAGAAGCCCAAUAAGCCGCUCGAUGUUGCUGUGAAAAUGCUGAAAGAUGAUGCCACAGACAAAGACUUGUCAGACCUGGUGUCAGAGAUGGAAAUGAUGAAGAUGAUUGGAAAACACAAAAACAUUAUCAACCUGCUGGGAGCGUGCACGCAGGACGGUCCUCUGUACGUCCUGGUGGAAUACGCCUCCAAAGGCAACCUGAGGGAGUACCUGCGGGCGAGGCGGCCACCGGGCAUGGACUACUCCUUCGACACCUGUAAAAUCCCAGACGAGCAGCUUACCUUCAAAGACCUCGUGUCCUGCGCCUACCAGGUUGCCCGAGGCAUGGAGUACCUCGCCUCGCAGAAGUGUAUCCACAGAGACUUGGCAGCCAGGAACGUCCUUGUGACAGAGGACAACGUUAUGAAGAUCGCCGACUUCGGCCUCGCCAGAGAUGUGCACAAUAUAGACUACUACAAAAAGACCACAAACGGUCGUCUGCCCGUGAAAUGGAUGGCUCCGGAGGCUCUGUUCGACCGGGUCUACACGCACCAGAGCGACGUGUGGUCCUAUGGGGUGUUGUUGUGGGAGAUCUUCACCCUGGGAGGCUCGCCGUACCCGGGGAUCCCUGUAGAAGAGCUCUUUAAGCUGCUGAAGGAGGGACAUCGGAUGGACAAACCCGCCAACUGCACCCAUGAACUGUACAUGAUCAUGAGGGAGUGCUGGCACGCCGUGCCAUCGCAGAGACCGACCUUCAGACAGCUGGUAGAAGAUCACGACCGGGUUUUAUCAAUGACCUCCACCGAUGAGUACCUGGACCUGGCGGUGCCCUUCGAGCAGUACUCGCCCACCUGUCAGGACUCCAACAGCACCUGCUCGUCAGGAGACGACUCAGUGUUCGCCCACGACCCGCUGCCUGACGAGCCCUGUCUUCCCAAACAGCUUCCCAGUAACGGCGUGAUAAGGACAUAAAACGUGAGCUGGGGGGAGGCGAGUUGGACAUUAACCUCCUCUCACAGUUUCUCAAUGACUCCUCAAGAUAUGGAAAUGAAAACUCAGCAUGCAAUACUUCCACAGUGCUUCAGCUCUUCGAUUCGUCUUAAACUCUUGGUCGAAAUCCUCUUUGACUGAGGUUUCCUCCUCCUCCUCCUCCUCCUCCUCCUCCUCAUCUUCCCCCAAGGGACUCUUGAAACAUUGAAGGAUUAUUUUUGCCGUUGAAACGUGUUUGUGUUCUUCUUUUCAGAAAUGAAAUUAUAUUUUUGUACUCAGGCCAGUCUUUUGUUACGGACAAUCUGUGGGGUGAAACCAUUCCGUGCCUACUGGGAUUUAAAAAAACCUCCUGAGACUGAAAAAAGGAUCAAAGAGGAGGGAAUGAAGGGCAUUGGUCAGUGACUGGUUGGCAACCAGUAGGAGAGGACCUCAGAUUUUUAUCCUCUCGUCUGCACGGAGCCCUGAGAUCGCAAUAAAAGUUUGCGAUCCAAAAUAAUCCAUUGACAACAUACCAGCAAAGCCAGAAAUCAACUCAAUGAUGGGACUCUUUCUUUCACAGAAAACCCUCAACAACAAAAAGGAUUACAUGAACGCCAUCGUUAGCAUCCCGAAAAAAAACAUGAUAAUCAUGGAACAAAUUCCUCAUCGAGGCGAAGUUUCAGGGCCAUUCAGUAAUUAGUACAAUGAGGUUCAGAGGGUUUUUUUUAUGUAUCUAGAAAAUGAUUUAUUGUAAAUAUAUAAAUGCAAAUAUGUAUCAUAUUGCUGUUCACAGCCAUGUACUUAAAAGACAAAAAAUUACAUUUUUUAAAGUAUUGUUUUAGGAUGGAAGCAUUGCAAUCUAGAGGACACCGUCAUGAAAGUGUAAAACAUUUAAUCAUUUAAAGUGAUACAGAAAAGGUUUAUUUGAAUAAUUAACGUGUAUAUUUGUAUAGAUAUUUAUAGACUUAACAUGUGGUUUUUAAGUUCGAAAAGGUCUAGUUUAGGAUUUUAGUACUGUACGCAAAGAUUUUUAUUUCUUUUUUUUUUCGUAACUUAUUUUACAACAGAACUGCAACGUUAUUUUUCACAGACUCCUCUGGUUUUUGAUCCAUCUUUAUUUUAUUUUUUUUGUUCACUGUUUCUUUCUUUUAAUAAGAAUGUAUGACAGACACAAAGAUGAUUUUUGGGAGCGAGUGUGAUUCGACCUCCAGAGGAGGACUCGUGAACUGAAGGCUCCCGCUGAAAGGGAAGCUGGAUGUUUUAGUUCAAAAUUCUGGCUUUGAAAAGUUGACGUUUGCAAUAUCAAAGCAACGAUUAACUCUUGCUGGGCAAGAAAUAGCAGCGCUUCGAGAAAUGUACAGAGAGGCCUUUUAGUACGGCUGAAGUACUUAAAGACAUAUUAAACACCAACAACAACUAGCUGUGAAUCAUAAAGAGCCUUCAGAGAACCUCAGCAGCAUGAAAAAUCCUCCUACUUACACAACUUUAGUUAUAACUACAUUUCCCAGAAUGCUUUUCAGCAGUUAUUGGAGAACAUGCUUGGACUUGCAGCAUUCAGAAAAUCACGAAAAACGUGAAAGAGAACUAAAAGCAAUAGAUUUUUUUAAGAGCAAAAAGAACCAAAAAAGAAACGUGAACGUUGCAUUUCUUACCACAAACUUACUCUGUUUUACACUGCAAUGCAUUCUGGGGCUUUGAGUCCAGUAAAAGCGCGGAAACUGUUCCUCUUAAACAGUCGUGUGACUGCUGAACGUCAAUAGUCUAGAAAGGUCUCGCUCCUUUAUUCUGAGCCUUGAUGAAAAAUUACAUCAAUAUACAAGAAUUAAUUAAAUCCAUGCAAAAACUCACCAUUAUCUGGUGUUUUUUAGCAUUUAUAUGUGGAAUUUUUUUAGUUAAAGGUCUCUCUGAAGGCUUCAAACUCUUAUAUUGUAACAGAAAGGUCACAGGGUCAAUGCUAAUCAGCUGUGUGAGGGGUGUCAAAGUGCCCUUGAGCAAGACACUCAGCACCUGUGUGCACACUCUUGGAUAAAAACAUCAGCUUGAAAUGUAAAAAAAAAAAAGCUGUUAUGUCCUUUUGUGCUUGAGUCCUGCCCAGACGCUCGAGAUUUUAUCGCUGCUCUAUAGUAUUAAUACUGAAAUGAAAUGAAGGCAUGCUGUGCGACUUACAAAUCACACAGCAAACAAAAGAAAAUAUAUACAGUAUAUAUAUAUAUAUCUGUUUGUUAAAGGAGACUCUGAAGUCUGUGGUGGAUCCUUACAGCUUAGUUGCAACAACAAAAAAAGUGCCAAAUUAGUCUUAAAAGUCUAUUUCACCGAGUUCACCACAUCUCUGAACCAAAUGCUGCACUGUCGAAUGUAGGCGGGCGGAGGUUACACGUGCAGGGAAGGAUCACGGGAUUGCCAAAUGGAUAUCUCCCCUUUUAUUUUUCCUUUAUUUUAAUAUGCAGUCUUCUCUCCAUCUGACCCCAAAAAAGCGUAAGGGUUGAAAUGUUUACAGAGGGUUUUUUUUAGCAAAGUCACAAAAGGGAAAGCGACGUUUAAGUGGAAUUGAAGGGUUCAGAAACAUGAUUCACUCGCUAAAUGGAAACGGUGGUACCACUUUUGCUCUGCAAUGGCCUUAUUCCAGUGUGUGAACUUUAAAUUUGUGUCAAGACACCCAACAAGACUGUGUCAGUACUUAAUGAACGCCCCCCAAAUAAUAAAAGUACUUAUGUAUUUAAUUCUUUUGCUACACUGGGAGAUUUUUAUGUUUUUUAGCACCAAAUGACGUGCUUUCUCAUUGGUUUAUUUACAGAAACAAGGCCUUUGUAAAGUGAAAGUUACAUCCAAUAUCGUUAUUUCUGUUCUGAGUACAGUUUUGCAGUUUUGGCCCAAAUCUAUGAAGUGCCUGGAACAAUUUAGCGAACAAAAAGGAGAUUAAUUGAUUCAGUUUGAAUGUAUAAUUGCAACAAAAAUAUAUCAAAAUAAAAGAAGCAGUUCUUAUCAGAAGCAGGCUAUGUACGUGUUAGCCUUUUUUUUUCUUCUUUUUUUCCCGAGUGAACAAGACAGACAAAAAGGCACUUGUGUAAAAGGUUGGAUGGAUCUAAUGAAACGUUGUUUUGUUUUAUUUAUUCUUCCAUGCUGGGUAAAAGCUUUCCCUAUGGUGAGAGUAUUUUUAUUCAUAGCUAUCUGCUUUUUCAGUGCUGUUUUUCAUUAAAGAGCCAGAAGAUGAUACAGAUGAUGUAGAGUAGUUAUUUUACAAGAUAAUGACCCCCCCCCCCCCCCUUUUUAUUUUUAUUUUAUUUAGUCCCUCCUCUGGCCUGUUGAAACUCUGAAGGCCUCUGUCUCUCUCUGUAAAAGGAUGUGUUGUUUUUAACGUGUGUUGUGUGAGCAGACAAAUUAAAACAUUAGCGUGGAAUUCUGGAGAUCCAAAAUAGAAGAAAAAAUGGCAACCAAGAACUAAAUUUAUUGACCUCCCUUCAGAUUUUUCCAAGUAUUAGACCAGUGUUUCCAUUAGCUGAUACAUUUUGUUGGUGUCUAAGUAAAACCUGCCUGUUCUCAGCUUUUUGACAUUUUUAAAUAACCUAAUGGGUGUUCUAUAUCUACAAGUUUGUUUAAGGGAAUGUAGUUUAAUCUAAAGCAGAGUUUUUCAGCAUGUAAACAUACAUAAAUCUGCUUUGAAAUCAUGAUAAAAAAAACUCAGACUUACCAGGUUUUUAGUUUUUCUUCACAACCAAAAUAAUAUCAUGACACCUUUGUCUACAUGCAUGGGUAUGCAGCAAACAAGAACUGUUAAUAGCUAAUUCGGCAUAUUGUUAAUAGUGUAAAUUUGCCAAAAAAGAAAGAAAUAACACUGACAAGCUUCUGGGUGUGUUUAAUAUUAGCAAUGAUUCCCGUUAGACUUAACUUUUGAUCCAUUAUUUCAACAAAAUUGGAGAUAAAAUACACAUUUCAUUGGACAGCAGUGACACAGACAGGAUACAGUUUUGUUUUUAAAAUGUUAUGAUUAUAUAUUAAUGUUGCUUUUGAGUUAUAAUGCGGCUUAACCAGGAGGAAAAAACUGAAAUAUUAAACUUUAAUGGGGCAUUAAAUAGUAUCCGAGUCUAAAUUCUGUUUCAGAAUAUUUUUCAUCAAAACAAACUCAGUAUUUAUAUCAGCAAAAUAUCCUCAGCUCUAAUGCAACAAUAUCAGUAUUGGCAGUGAAAGUAGUGCCAGAUGUGUGUUGCUCAUUAGACACAAGUUAAAGCCAACAAAUGCUUUUCAGAGUGAACACGCUUUCUUUGAAUAAACAGCAGGGAGGGACUUUUACUGUAUGUACAGUCACACAUCAGCCUCUCACCACCUGUCGUCUCCACUCUGACUGACUUAUUUAUUCUCUUUUCCGCUCUACAAAAAGAAAAUCAGGAUUUAAGAUGAGAACCUGAGAGGAGAUGGGGUGUAAUCAAUGCUAGAGAUAUCAAAACUGAAUGUUUUGUUUCCCAGGUUGGAAUGGUUAGUUUUAACACAGCUUCUCAUCCCAUUCUCAUUUUCUCACGCAGCUCUAACCCGACAAUGUUAGCUCCAGAUUAAUUUAUAGUUUGAAAUAUGCUUUUACGUUGCUGAUGUACAUGAGUAGAGUUUUAUGUAGCCGUGUGAGCUAUUUUGUAAGAAUCUUAGAGAGGAAAUGAUUUUCAUAUACAGUUUAUUUUCUUUCUGCUCUGUCUCAUUUUGCAUUCCACUUCAGGUUUUUUUUUUUUUUUUACAACAAUAGCGAGACAAAAUCAUGUUUGUCCUUUUUUUUCCAGUCCCACAUAAUUUAUUUUUCCUCCGUCUGUAUUCAUGUUUCUAACAUAGAAAGGUGGAACUAACCAUUUGGCAUUAUGUGACUUUUUUUUAUUUGUAAUUCAUAGCUUGUUUGUUGCAAUGUACCUGUUUUGAUCAUGAUGAAUCCUCUGUAACAUUCCACCACAACAAACCCUCUGGGCAAACAUCUCCCACUGGGAAAAAAAAACUAUUUCACAACUCUCUCUUUCUCUCUCUCUCUCUCUCUCUCCCUC